CACCCAGCAGCCAGGGGCCUCGGUGUAACCGUUGCAGACACGGGCCUGGGUCCGGCGUUUGCUGCCCCCGGCCCGGCUGAGAGACACACGGCCCAUGGCGCAAGACCGGGAGCGAGAUGAAGCCCAGAACGUCGCCCUCGGCGCGUCCCUGUCCGUGAGAUGGGUGCAAGGAUUCCCCAGGCAGAAUGUUCAUUUUGUCAACGACAGCACCAUUUGCUACCCUUGUGGGAAUUUCGUAAUAUUUAUUAAUAUUGAAACCAAGAAAAAGACUGUACUCCAGUGUAUGAAUGGAAUUGUGGGUGUCGUGGCAACUAACGUUCCUUAUGAGGUUGUGGCUUUUUCUGACCGGCGGCUGAGACCCCUCAUCUACAUAUACAACUUUCCUGGAUUAACCAGAAGGACCAAAUUAAAAGGCAAUGUUCUUCUGGACUACACUUUACUUUCGUUCAGUUACUGUGGCACCUACCUGGCUAGUUACUCCUCCCUCCCAGAAUUUGAACUGGCCCUCUGGAACUGGGAAUCAGGUGUCAUUUUGUGCAAGAAAUCACAACCCGGUAUAGAUGUGAGCCAGAUGACCUUUAACCCCAUGAACUGGCACCAGCUGUGCUUGUCAAGUCCAAGUGCAGUGACUGUGUGGACAAUCGAAAGAAGUAACCAGGAGCAUUAUCUCAAAGCAAAGUCAGUAAAACUGCCUAUGGAAGAUGGGUCAUUUUGUAAUGAAACAGAUGUAGUUUUUCCUCAAUCAUUGCCCAAAGAUCCUAUCUAUGGACCUGUGCUCCCCGUGUCAGCCAUUGCCGGACUAGUGGGUGAAGAGGCCGAAACCUUCAGGCCUAAAGAUGAUCUAUAUGCUUUGCUUCACCCGACUAUGCACUGCUGGACUCCAACAAGUGACCUAUAUGUUGGCUGUGAAGAGGGUCAUCUUUUAAUGAUUAGUGGAGAAAACUUGAAGGUAACUGUGCUUAAUAAGAUAGAAGACGGACCACCAAGGGUUGGAAGAAAUUUUGUCAGUCCAGUCACCAUGGCAUAUCAGAAGGGAGGCGUGCUUGCUUCUGGAAUUGAUGGCUUUGUGUAUUCUUUUCUUAUUAAAGAUACAAAUUACAAAGUAGAGGAUUUUCUUGAGGUUGAAGGGCCUGUGGAACAUUUGAUGUUUUCUCCCAGUUACAGAAUGUUGCUGAUUCAGACAGACAAGGGAUCUAUUUAUAUUUACACUUUUGAUGAGGAGCCAACCUUUGAAAAACUCCUAGCGGCUUGUGAUGGGAAAUUUCAGGCAACAGACUUUAUCACACCUGGAAAUGAAUACUGCAUGACUCUCACACAGUCAGGAGAAGUUUGUGUUUGGGGUAUAGAGGAUGGUGCUUGUGUCAGCAGGAUUUAUCUGAAUAUCCCAGCAACAGUUCUGGCUUGCUCUCCCUCCUCCCUCUCUGCAGCCGUGGGGACCGAGGAUGGCUUUGUCUACUUCCUCGACAUCCAGGACGUUGAAUCCCCUCACUCAGUUCAUACGGCCUAUCUCUCUGAAUCGCCCGUGCAGCACCUCCUGUAUGACCAGAGAGGAAUGUAUCUAUUAGCUGGAACAUCAGAAGGACACGUCUUUGUUAUCAAUGCCAAACCCUCAAGCUUAUUUCAGAUUCUUGGAUUCAUAGAGGUGGGCAAAGGCAUUUUACAAAUAUCCACAGUGUCUCCUUUGGAAACAGAUGUAGUAGAAGUGAUGGUGCUUUCCCCACUUCCAGAAACAGGAAGAAGCAGGCUGGAAAUAUUUACUCUGCCUAAAAUACUACCACAAGUUUCUGCAAGCUUUACUGAUGAACAAGGGAGGCUGAGAGAUGCCUUCAUUCAUAAGUUCGUGUAUGAGAUAGAGCACACUCUGUCCUCCGCUGUCUUGAACUUUCAAAGUAACCGAAUAUAUGGCUUCUGUAACCAAGUGCCAUACAUCUGCAGCUAUCUUCUUCCUGAAAAAGAACAUAGUGGUAUUUGCAUUCUUAAGUCAUACCAAAAAGUACAAAGCAAACAAUACGGACCUGGAAUGCUCUCUCUGUCUCCACAUGGAUUGUGGCUCAUAACAAUAGCUAAAUGUGGAAUUCUGUGUAUCCGAGAUAUUCAUACUUUGGAAACGUUUGUUUGGUGUCGGAGUCAUUCUCACCAGGGGCAUGGAAUUCAAUCGGUGAGAAUUUCAAUGGAUGGACAAAGCAUUCUGGUGAAUGGGAAGGAUGACAGCACCCUUGUUAACCUGAGAUGGAGGCAGUUUGGAGGAAACUUAGCCAAUGAAAUUCUUGAAUAUAGCCAGCAACUUUCAACUUACCUGAAGAACACCAUGGAUGAGGAGAAUGAUUAUUUAAGUCUAGCAAAAAAAGAUUCCUUGGAUUUGGGAUCAGAACCUGAACAUGCAAUAAAUGAGAAUGUGAGGUUAAGCGUUGACUCAUUACAAGAGGAAUUAGUCAAAGUUGAUAAUACGGCGGAAAUUCCCUGGAUACAACAAAAAAGCCAAGAGGCCAUCAAAAACGAGGUUAAACUGUUUUCCAACAAAAGGAAAGAGAUAAAAAGAGGGAUCAAAGCACUUGCUAAAACUAUUCUGGACAUGAUGGAAGAAAAUGAAGCAGUAGAUAAUAUUGCAAAAUUAGAGCAACAAGAAUUUGGCCUGGAUCUUGAAGAACUGGAAAGACUCCACGAUGAAAGUGAGGAAGAAGUGGCAAAGAUAAGAAAGGAUGCUGAGAUGCAAAACCUAGCCAAGAGAUAUUUGGCUGAACUUAUCAAAGAAGAAUGCUGGAAUUCGAUGGCUGUGAAAGGCCGAGCUCUUAAGUGCUUUCACAUCCCAUGUGUGGUUGAGAACUUCCCAAUGAAAGAACGCACAGAUGAAGAGUUGAAAGAAUUGAAGAGAGUUGUGCAGCAAAAGAAGAUUGAAGCAGAGUGUCUUAAACUACAGAAGGAAAUUGUAGACGUUCAGUCUGCAAUUACCUUGGUUAAAAAGCAUCAUGAAGAGGAGGAUGAAGAAGAGGAAGAAGAUGGGACAGCAAAAGAUACCAACUUGCCCAAUUACCUGCUUGGUAGUCUGAGUACUGAUUUUAGGGUACAUACCUCUUUGUUGUCAAGCCAACUGGAACUUCAUUCCAGAGAGGAGAAAAUCAACCAAAUUAUAUUACUGAAAGAUAUUAUUUACAAGGUAAAAACUGCUUUCAAUAGUGAGUUUGAUGCGGCAUAUAAACAAAAAGAGAUUGAAAUUGCACGUGUGAAGGAAAAAAAUGUAAGAAUUCAAGAAAUUGUUUUAGAUCUGGAGUUGGAAGAAUCAGUCUGGCAACCAGAAUUUGAGGACUGUGAGAAGCCAGAGAGAACCCUUAUUGUGGAAAGUACUGAGAUUACAGCUCAGAGACAUAUUAAUCCAUGGCAAAAAGCCAAAACAGAAUUGCUUGUGACCCGUGAAAUGGAGCGAUUGCUUCUGUCACGGGGCCCCAACACAAGACGCCGAGCCCUCAUGGACAUGAUGGGAGGAGUUCUGGAAGUCAAGAAGGAGGACAUUUUGAGAAUGGUGAUUCCUCAACCUGCUUUCAUGUCAAAGCCUGAUGCUUUGUGGUCUGAAGAGGAAAGGAAACAAUUCAAAGCGUAUGAGAAAAAAGUCAAGGAAUUAAAUGAAGAAAGAGAUAAGUAUAGAAAGUCAUUAGAAACAGAAAUGAAGAAACUUCAAAACUCUAUUCAAGAAAGCACACAGAAUUUUGAUGAACAUUUGAAAAGACUCUUUGAAAGGAGAGUGAGGGCGGAGAUGGUUGUCAGCCAGGAGGAAUUGAAAAUAAACAACCUUGUUUUUUCCUUACUGUUGGAUGAAGAAAUAAGCUCUAGAGAAGCCUUCCUGAACAACUACCUUGCAAGGAAGCAGGAGGAGAAAAGCCAGACUACAGAGGCCAUCCGGAAAUCUAGAGAAGACCUCGAUAUGUACAAGGAUCACUAUGACAACUUACUGGCGGAAGACAAAGUUCUAGAUCGCAGCUUUAAAAAGGAAUUUUCUGAAAUUCCCAGUCAUCAGGUGGAUAUACUCUACAAACUUUUUAAACGCCGACCAAGGAUUCACAAACAAAAAGUGCACUCAGAUACGACCAGUCUUGUGCCUUUUGGAGAGCGACCAGGAUCUGGGAAAUUGAAUAAGGAUGCCUUUGCCCAGUUAAUGAAAGCCAUGGAUGACUUGGACAGUAUUAAUAACAUGCCAGAAGGCUUGGACCCCUCCGUCUGGGAACAUUUCUGCAUGACCAGACGAGCGAAAGUGGAAAAUGAACAGAAAGUAAAGCAGAAAGCAGCUGGCUUAAUAGAAAUGGUGGCUUUCCUCCAGAGGAGAACUGAGGAUGAUGAGAAGGUGCAACAUGAAAUUGAAAAAGUGGUCCAUGAGCUCAUCCUAUUACAGGAAGACAAAGUGAAAUUCCAGUUGAAUUUGACAAUCCAAAUCCUCCUUAAACAAGGGCAAGUAGAACUGGAGAAUUUCCAGUUACUGCUGGAUUAUUCUGAUGCAAUCCUCAUCAACAAGAACAUAAUUGAAGACUUGAAUUCUGUGAUUCGGACUCAAGGACAAAAGAAAGUUGCUAGCAUGAUGGAAAGUAAAGAAAUCCACAAAGGAAUAUUUCAGAUCGAGUGGGAACAUAAGAAAAUGGAGAUGGAAAUGGAAGAUCUAAAUCAGAAGGCUUGGGAUAUUCAGAUGCUGUUUUUUUCAAGAGAUCGUCAAAAGUACCUAAAUGAACCAAACUAUGAGACUCUGAUUGCCAUUCAGAUUGGAAUAAUGGAGCAAACCAUUGCUGUUUUAGAUAAGGUUAUUGCAGAAUACUGAGCAGAGUUCCCUGUGCUAUACAGUAGGUCCUUGUUGCUUAUCUAUCUUAAAUAUAGCAGUGUGUAUAUGUCAAUCCCAACCUCCCAAUCUAGCGCUCUCUCCCUUCCCCCAGUAACCAUAAGUUUGUUCUCUAAGUCUGUGAGUCUGUUUCUGUUUUGUAAAUAAGUUCAUUUGUAUCAUUUUUUUAAGAUUCUGCCUAUAAGCGAUAUCAUAUUAUAUUUAUCUUUCUCUGUCUGACUUACUUCACUUAGUAUGAUAAUCUCCAGGUCCAUCCAUGUUGCUGCAAAUGGCAUUAUUUCAUUCUUUUUAAUGGCUGAGUAAUAUUCCAUUGUAUGUAUGUACCCCAUCUUCUUCAUCCAUUCAUCUGUCAGUCAUUUAGGUUGUGAAGCACUUCUUUUAACAUUUGAAUUAACCCCUUGGGAGAUAUCAGAGUGUAGGUAAAUUUCCUGUUUCACAUUAGGUUAUGAUUUAUGUAGUAGAAGUGCUGAUAGUCUUUCCUUUGCAUUGUAAAGGCUUUGUUUUACCCUAAUUGCCUAACAAUGCUCAGUUUUGAGUGUUGAACAUAUAUGGAACAAAGUAAUCUCAAGGCUAUGUGUUUUUAAAAUCUUCUCUCAUUUCUAAGAACAUACAAAUUUUUUUCUAAAAUGUGUAUUAACAUACCAUUCUAUCUUUCAACAAAUAAUUUAAGUACCUACUAUGUGCAGGCAUUAUGCUAGGUACUAGGGAUAUGAUGGUAAGAUGUCUUAAUGAUGACAAUGUAUUUAAAUUUUAAGAAUAAUGUCUUUAUAAAAUAUAUUUUUUUCAAAAUUAUUUCUGUGGGGUGUCAUGGGAACAAAAAUUUCAGACCCACAAAAAGAAUGUGGAAAACUGCAAAAAGCUGCUUAAAAAACUGAGAAGGUGCAGCAAUCAAAAAGAUGUAGCAAAUUAUACCCUAAGCUGCAAUUUACGAGAAGAACUGGUGGCUGUCUCAG